GACUGGUUCAUCACCUCCGAAUACUCCUGUGACAGGAGGCGCCUGCAAAACCCGCCCCCAGCCCCAAGCAGCAAUAAAUAGAAGGCUCUCAGCCCCGGAGAAGCAAGGAGAAGUUUCUAGGCCCGUGUCCCUGGGUUUAUUAAGCUCCUGACGCUACUCCAGACAUCUCAGCGGCUCUGGCUGAGAGCCUGGACAGCCUGGGAGGACAGUGACUGGCUGGUCUCCGGUGAGGCAGUGCGGAGAGGGGCCCUCUGGAAUUCUGCUGGGCCACCUGGUGGUCGCCUGUGGAGUGUCUUUGGGCGCUGGGACCCCAGCCGGGUACACCCCCUCUGUCCUUGGCAGUGGAUGGUUCAGCAUUUUCUGAAACUGAAGAACAAUCUCGGAAGGCCAGCACCCCCACAUCACCUUGCUGUGUGACCUUGGGCAGGUGGCUCCCUCUCUCUGAGCCUCCAUUUCUACUCCAGCUCAGCAGCCAUGGCUGAUGGUCAGAUGCCCUUCUCCUGCCACUACCCAAGCCGCCUGCGCCGGGACCCCUUCCGAGACUCGUCCCUCCCCUCGUGCCUGCUGGAUGAUGACUUUGGCAUGGACCCCUUCCCCGACGACCUGACCGCCUCAUGGCGCAACUGGGCCCUGCCUCGAUUCUCCCCGGGGUGGCCUGGGACCCUGAGGUCAGGCAUGGUGCCUCGGGGGCCGACGGCUGCAGCCAGGUUCGGGGUGCCUGCGGAGGGCAGGAGUCCCCCACCCUUCCCCGGGGAGCCCUGGAAAGUGUGCGUCAACGUGCACAGCUUUAAGCCAGAGGAGCUGAUGGUGAAGACCAAGGACGGAUACGUGGAGGUGUCCGGCAAACAUGAAGAGAAGCAGCAAGAAGGUGGCAUCGUUUCCAAGAACUUCACAAAGAAAAUCCAGCUCCCUGCAGAGGUGGAUCCUGUCACGGUCUUCGCCUCGCUUUCUCCAGAGGGCCUGCUGAUCAUCGAAGCUCCCCAGGUCCCCCCUUACUCACCAUUUGGAGAGAGCAAUUUCAACAACGAGCUUCCCCAAGACAGCCAGGAAGUCACCUGUUCCUGAGACCCCAGUCUUGGCCCGUCUUUUCCCCUCCCCAGCCCCAGGGCUUCUCUGAUUCCAGAGUACGUGACUUUAGCUGAAUUCAUAGAUUUAGUGUGACUAAAAUGUUAGGGGUGGGGUGGACUGACCACCAACUCUCUGGCUAGGGUAGUGGUAGGUGUUUCCACAGGAUGGCGCAAUUGGCAGGUCAUGCUCAGUUGCCUUUUCUUUACCUUUUCUCUCAUGAUGACAAUGUUGCCCAUUCUGUAGUUGCAAAACAGAUAGAAGGGGACAUGACAUUUCACACUGUAUCUUCCCUUGCAGCUAAUGCAAGGGUUGCCUCUCUCUGGGGACCUCCCUGUCACCCAGAUUCCUAUUCUGGGUUCCCACUUUCCAUGCCUGCCCUAUGGUUUGGUGGAUGGAGCCCAUUAGCUCACUCUCCUGCAGCCCUGGCCUACGAAGGGUGAUAGCUAGGUCUUACAUCCGCGUAUGGGAGUUACCCAACAGCCCACAUGAAAACAGUGCCUUCUGCUCUUCACCCAAGCAUUUAUAUA